GCAGUACGUAGGAAACCUUAAUUAUAUGGAAAAGAUGGAGAAAGAUAAUCAUGUCCAUGUUACAAGGAAAAAAGGAGGCUUGCGCACCAUGCCAUUCAUCUUUGCUAAUGAGAUUUGUGAGAAGUUGGCUGUGGUGGGAUUCAAUGCAAACAUGGUGAGCUACUUGACAUCCCAGAUGCAUAUGCCGUUAACACAAGCAGCCAACACCGUCACCAACUUCGGCGGCACCGCUAGCUUGACCCCUUUACUCGGUGCUUUCAUGGCCGAUGCUUACGCCGGACGCUUCUGGACUAUAACAAUUGCCUCCAUUAUUUACACCGUUGGAAUGAUAAGCUUGACAGUGUCGGCAGUGCUUCCAAAACUGAGGCCUCCCCCAUGUGACUACAACCAAGUGUGCCAAGAAGCCGACGGCGGACAGCUUGCAAUCCUAUACAUCUCUCUCUUACUAGGAGCUCUCGGCUCCGGCGGAAUCCGACCCUGCGUGGUGGCAUUCGGGGCGGACCAGUUUGACGAGAGUGAUCCAAAGCAAAACACCAAGACAUGGAGCUACUUCAACUGGUACUAUUUUGUGAUGGGGUUCUCCAUACUAAUUGCUGUGACAGUGCUUGUGUACAUCCAGGACAAUAUCGGAUGGGGCUGGGGGCUUGGAAUUCCAACUAUAGCUAUGUUCCUUUCGGUUGUUACAUUUUUGAUUGGGUACCCUCUUUAUCGGAACUUGGAUCCGGCCGGGAGUCCGUUUACCCGGUUGAUACAAGUGAUUGUGGCUGCUUACAAGAAGAGACAGAUACCUAUGGUUUCUGAUCCUGGCUUGCUGUAUCAGAAUGAUGAACUUGACGCUCCUAUUUCUAUGGGUGGCAAGCUUCUCCAUACCAAGCAUAUGCAAUUUUUUGACAAGGCAGCCAUUGUGGUAGAUCAAGACGAAGUUAAGUCACCCAACUUAUGGAGGAUCAGCACCGUCCAUCGCGUCGAAGAACUGAAAUCUGUGAUCAGAAUGGGACCGAUAUGGGCAUCAGGCAUACUCCUAAUCACAGCCUAUUCCCAACAAAGCACUUUCUCACUCAGCCAAGCAAAAACCAUGAACAGACACCUCACAAAGUCCUUUGAAAUCCCAGCGGCCUCCAUGUCAGUGUUCACCAUGGUCCCUAUGCUCUUAACAAUCGCAUUCUACGACCGAGUUUUCAUACCCCUAGCCAGAAAGGUGACAGGUUUGGACAGGGGGAUCACAUUCCUACACAGAAUGGGAAUCGGAUUCGUCAUUUCCGUAUUGGCUACUUUCGUCGCUGGAUUCGUAGAGUUGAAGCGAAAGAAGGCAGCAGUGGAUCAUGGUCUUGUGAAUCAAUCACAAUCCAUAAUCCCCAUUUCAGUGUUUUGGCUUGUGCCUCAAUACAGCCUUCAUGGGAUGGCUGAAGCUUUCAUGUCUAUCGGGCACCUCGAGUUUUUCUACGACCAGGCACCAGAGAGCAUGAGGAGCACUGCUGCCGCACUGUUUUGGACUGCGAUAUCUGCCGGGAAUUAUUUGAGCACCCUCUUGGUUUCCUUGGUGCACAAGUUUAGUGCCGGGACUAAUGGAUCCAACUGGCUACCGGAUAAUAAUUUGAACAAGGGGAAGUUGGAAAACUUUUACUGGUUGAUCACCUUGUUACAAGUUGCUAAUCUGAUUUACUACCUUUGGUGCGCUAAAAUAUAUACGUUUAAGCCGAUUCAGGUGAAAGGGAAAGAUGAAGCUGAGUCUGAAGGAAAGGGUGUGGAGCUUGCUAAUCGGGUUUAGAAUUUUAGAGGGAUUAUCAAUUAGACGUAGGUUAGUCGUAUAGUUUAAUGGUUGGUACUUAGCCUACAGCAACCAAUGAGAAUAUUGUGUACUUCGAAUAAUGCAACCCUUUGUACGUAUGAAAAUUAUGUGUUGGCCAAUAUAUAUGGAACUGCAAAACAUUUCAUCUUUUAA